AUGACUCGCAGUUUGGUCAGUCUCCUCGUUUUAUUACUGGCAGAGAUUCUGAGCAGUAGACAUGGCACGGAGGCGGCGUGCUACCCGACAGGGUCUAACUGCGUUCCGACCUCGCCGUUCAUGACCUCCGUCUCCUGGAAGGACUGUCAGCAGUACUGUAACAAGUGCCGUGGCUACGCCGUGGGAGACUGCGUACGCGUCUUCAACGAGUACUGCAAAGGCAACUUUCAGUGCAAGUUGGUUUUGUUUUCUUUCAUCAAACUUUCAGCCCGCCUCAAGAUUAUCCUUUUUUUGAUUUUUGAGCUAAUUUCGACAAAGGUCAAAGGCAUUCGAGUCUCGUAGUUACCUUGUUGUUUCAAAAAAAACAAAAAAUAUUUAAAGCUAUUAGUUUCGAGAAAGUUUAUUUUCACCUGUUUUUUUAUCAACAAUAGUGAUAGUCAAGAUAGUUUCCAACAAUAGCUACGAAAAAAAUAUAUUGUCUUUUUCGCAAGUUUUUUUGUUUUGAGGGUAAUUUGCAUGUUUCCUUUUUUUCUCAAAUGUUCGAAAAAAAUUGUUCUCAGAAUUAAAUAUCACUUAAGUUUUGUCGUGCGACAUUGUCCUUCCAAAAAAACUAUGAUUUCAGAUGCAAAGGUAACAAGAUUCCGCUGACGAAGAAUCGACUGGAACUGGCAACGUGCCAGCUCGGCCUCUGA